AUGACUGAUAUCACGCUAGAUGGCGUUUUGGAUCUCGAAGAAAAGUACUAUGAAGAGGGAUAUAGUGAGGGACAGGAAAGGUCUGUCAAAGAUAACCAUUUAGAAGGCAAGGCAUAUGGCUUACAGACUGGGUUCCAGAGAUUUUUGGUGGUCGGGUACAUCCAGGGCCUCAUCGAGCUCUGGGAAACGAACGAAUCUACGUCAGUCCAGAACCAUUUGUCGCAACUUAAGGAACUCAUAAAAGGUAUUCCCUUCACUAACGGAGACAAAGAAGUGGAGCAGUAUGAGCUGGCUAUAGGAAAGGCCAGAAAUAAGGUGAGAGUCCUAGGCACGAUUACUAAGACUUCUGAGAAGGUGGCCAAGCUAGACAACUUGUUGAAAGAAGUCGGUGGAUCACUCCAAGUGUCAGAAAAUGUCGAUGAAAUGUGGUGA